AUGUUGGGCGGGUUUCUAGCAUGGAUUUUCUGUCUUUUUGAACCUUUUGCCGACUAUUGUAUACCCCCUAUUCAACCCCAAGAGCGUCUCCGGCGACCGUGGCAAGAUAUCAUUACCGGCGUCUAUGGUCACCCACCUCUUUUAAAGAUCCAUAACCGCGACGGAGCCGUGAGCUGGAGUUUCCACCGUGAUGAUGUCACACAGUCGCUUCCUGACGAUGUCCAUACAUGUCUCUUUGCCAACUCCAACGAUGCUACCGAAGUCAAAUAUCUGAACAACGGCACCAGUGUCGGCGCUGUGUACAGUGAUCUUAUCCUUGUUAUGAACCAUACACCCAGGAAUGCGGCCACCGACAAGCUUAUAACUUUUGCGCUUUGUAGAAGAAACGAUUAUCUUUGGAACGCGCAUACUCUCGAACCUCUGCCGGGCAAUCUACUUGCUGUAGGUACCACUGGCCAACGAGCUUGGGACGGUAUUCUUGUUUAUAAUGCGAGCGCUGCCAAUAAUCUUAUGGCAAACCCUCCAAUCCUCCAAAAUAUCACUGGUCUAAGAGCUAUACAUGGUUUGAUUUGGGACGAACAAGGGCAAAUGCUGUGGGCAGCGGGUACAGAUGUCGCAGCAGACGGUUCCGAUCCAGCCCCUGCUUAUGGAACUAUCGUUGGAUAUCCUUGGGACUCUAGCACGGGUCUCUUAUCGAAAGAUGAUCGUUAUAUCUAUAAACUACCCGAGGCAUACCGGGUCGAAACAGAAUGGGGCAAGGGGUAUUCCUGGUGGGCCGGGUUGCACGACCUAGUGCCCAUCCCUGGUCAGCGGAAGUUUAUAGUGUCGGAAGACCGUGGGCUACACGCUUUUGAUAUCGAGUCAGGCCGAUUUACAGAACAUUAUGAGAAUGUUACCAAUAAAUAUCUACAAGGGUUUGAGGUUACAACUGAUGAUCGACAUGGGUAUACCGGUGACGGGAAGUGGGAAGAACUGCCUCAGUCUGACCUGAAGAGUUUCAAUAUUGCACCCGAUGGCAGCUUCAUCUAUGUGCAGUCAUUGUGGACCAAAUUUCGUGGCUUCCACACAAGUUUGGUCGUUCACGGCAAGAGACGUAAGAUCAAUAUCGGCGAUGAGAUCUAUCGAUCGCGGUGGUUUGGUAAUCUGGAUGGCUGGCCAAAGCCUUGA